AUAGCUGCUGCUAGAUGAAAGCAAUACAAGUUUGAACCUUGUCUUCCUCUGUGGUGCUUCAUCAAGCUGACAAGUGGAGCCAUUAAACAUGGAUGAUUCACUUCCUCCACCUCCACUUCACCUGCUAUCAGAGCAAGACCUGAGGAUCUACCAUGUAAACCCGCCUUACAUCCCUCCAACUCCUCCGGUUUUCUCACCUCUACCAGUCUCGGACAUCCCUUCACGUGGUCCCAGGCCAAUGGUUGUGAGCUAUAAAACAAAGCUGUUUGGCUCUCCAGCACUAAUGAUGUGCACCUCCUGUCAGACACAGGUCACCACAGAGGUCACCUUUAAGGUCGGGACUUACGCCUGGCUCGUGUGCCUCUUGUUUGUCUUUUGUGGGUUGUUUUUUGGCUGCUGCUUGAUUCCAUUUUUUCUAAACCACUUUAAAGAUGCCCACCACACAUGUCCUCACUGCUUGCUAGUUCUUCAUAUAGAGAAGAGGAAGUGCUGUCACUGAAAGCUUUCUGCUUUGGUAAAGUCUAGAUUUGUUCAGAUGAAUGACAAAAAAGGUUCUGUAAUGCACAAUUGUAAGAUAUUUCACCAGUUUUUAGUCAUAUUUUGUAAAAUAUCUAUUGAAUAAAUGUGUUUGUGCAAAUUA